UCUAGCGAAUCGCCUUCCAUUCCUCCACCGCAUCAUCCACCCCCCUCCACCCCAUCCCACACACAUACACUAAUGCCCCCUUCUUGGGGUGGGGGGGUCCCUAAAGCACGUGCCCCUAGAAAAAGAGGGCAUAGGGUUUCCUGCGGGCCACGGGAGGUCUCCACCUCGGAUGACCAGCCUGGCAGAUCGCGUUCAGACCUUCCAGCUCUUUCUUUCCUCCUGAUCUCCUCCCCCACUCCGUCUUCCCUAUCUAUACACACCUACUCUCACACAUUCAUCCACACGCGUUUGGGAGCAGGAAAGGAGACCCACUCCCCCGCCAUCCACACACGAACACGCACACCCUCGAGGUCAUCGCAGCUUCCUGCCUGCCCUCCGCCGUCCAAUAGCCUCGGGGCAGGGCCAGCAGAACAAGCCGCGACAGCCCCAGCCAGGGUCCCCGCCCUGUUCCCGGUUCCUUCGCCUGGGUAAUCCAUUGGGCCCGGGGCUGGGCCUUUAUAUGCCUCCUGCAGCCCGCCCAGCGCGGCGGCUUUCUUUUCCACCUUCCUUCCUCCUGCAAUAGCACCAUUAGCUGCAGCAGCAGCAGGAGCAGCAGCAGCAGCAACAGCAAAAGCAGCAGGAGCUGCUCCCGGGCACUGCAAAAAAAAAAAAAAAAAAAAAGAAGAAAGAAAGAAAGAAAGAAAAAGAAAAAGAAAAGGGGGAGCCGCAGCCUGCCAGCACCGCUCUCCAUCCCAGCUCCCCUCUUCCUUCUCCCCCCCCCCCCCUCCAAUCCAUUCCCCCUGGUCCUGCCUUGCCAGGUCAGCGCCAAGUGUGUGAGUGUGUGUGUGAGUGUUUGUGGGUUGCGCGUGUCUAGAUUGUGAGUGUGCGCGCGCGCGCGCGCCCGCCAGCGCUGCGCCCGCAGGAGCCCCAGCUGUGCGCGCAGGAGCCCGGCUCCGAACCUGGGUCUCCCCCUCCCCCAGGCAGCGGAACCCGGGUAUCCCCUCCUGCCCCCACCCUUCCCCACUCCUCCCCCCGGGGCCCCCCGGCUCUCGCGGCGGUGCAACAAGAUGGCGGGAUCAGUGGCCGAGAGAGACGCGGUGGUGAAACUAGAGGAUGGGCAUUUAAACAACUCCUUGGGAUCUCCUGUCCAAGCAGAUGUGUACUUUCCAAGACUGAUAGUACCAUUUUGUGGGCAUAUUAAAGGUGGUAUGAGGCCUGGCAAGAAGAUCUUAGUGAUGGGAAUUGUAGACCUCAACCCUGAGAGUUUUGAGAUCAGUUUGACCUGUGGAGACUCCAAAGACCCUCCUGCGGAUGUGGCCAUUGAACUGAAAGCAGUAUUUACAGAUAAGCAGCUACUCAGAAAUUCAUGUAUAUCUGGAGAAAGAGGUGAAGAACAAUCAGCAAUUCCUUAUUUUCCUUUCAUCCCAGACCAGCCAUUUAGGGUGGAAAUUCUUUGUGAACACCCAAGAUUUAGAAUAUUUGUGGAUGGACACCAGCUUUUUGAUUUUUACCAUCGAAUUGAAACCCUGUCCUCAAUUGACACAAUAAAGAUCAAUGGAGACCUCCAGAUCACUAAACUUGGCUGACCUUGGUGGCCGAAUCAUCGUCCCUGUUCCAAAUAGGUGCGGGUACCACCCUCAAUUGUCCGGACGAGCAAUCCCAGCAGGAUGUGGAGACUUAACAAAAACAAAACAAACACAGACAAACAAAAAGACAAGCUUCCCGGUCUUCUCUGUGUGCAGUUUAAACCCAAAAUGAGGACUUGAACCUCGCUUUACCCUCACGAAGAAAGCUUUUGGGUAACAGACACUGAGCCGUUGUCCUGGAGCAAAGUAAUACAUUUCUGCUGGGUUUUGUUCCUUAUCAAACUAGAAUGGGGUUGGGGUCGUUUGUGGUAUGGGGCUUAAUUGGCAGCAGCGUAUUCAUCUUUCCUUUGCCGAAGGAGGUCUGCAAACAAAAGUGCUAAAUAAUAAUAACAAUAAUAAUAAUUUUAAACACGGUACACAGAAAAGUUUUCUUUUGUGCAACCAUUGUUUCUGCACUGAAGUAGAUUCAUGUAGCACAACCAAUAACAUUUUAGUCAGGGUAUUUACAUAGAAUGUAGGUUGUUAACGUUUUUUUGCACAGCAUAAUAUUAAUACAGUUUUUAAAGCUUUCUUGUAGUCUAUUUAUUUAUACUCAGUGUAUGUAUUAGAAAAAUAAGCAAUGUUAUGGAGUCCAGAGAACAGCUAGUCAUGAAGUUUUGAAUGUACAAAUGACAGAGGUCGGUGGGAUAAAGUAAACUUUUAUCAUUUUUAAAAAACAUAUACGAUUCUGUUUGAAUAAUUGAGUUCUGGUGGUGUCCUUUACACCCCUAAAAUUAAGCUCCUUUGGAAUAGUUACUAUAAAUGCUUUGGGGGGAGAUCUUUGCAGUAAUUUAAGUAAAAUUAUUUCCCAUGCUAUUGGUCAUUACAUAUAACUAUAUUUACACUGAUUUUGCUCCUUUCUGUGAAUCAACGUGAUACAUAAUAGGGCUUCCCUAAGGGUAAAUUCCCACAUUUUCCUGGAAUUUAUGCCAUAGUUCAUUCUAUAAUUGUUCAUUUAAUUGAAAACACUUAUGAAGUGAUUGCAAAGACAAUUUUUAAAAAUUGUAUUUUACAGGGACUUUCAACUUAUUAUGAAGAGGGUGUUUGUGACAUGACAGGUAGCAAAGUAAGAAUACCAAGAGAACUUUCUGGAUUUUGAAAUAAGGAUAAUAAAGUUUCUGCUGGACCAACAACAGCUACCAAAUUUCAGAGUUCAGAACAUAGGUCCCAUUUCAUAUGUCACUCUAAGCAAUUUCCCUAACCAGCGCCUUGGUUCUGCUUUAGCUCACUGUUACAGACGGACAGAAUCAAUUAUCUUCUGUCUCUGUUGAUCUGUACAGAGGGAAAGACUAGGAUGGUGGCUGGAUUCCAACUAAGUAAUUUUAUUUCAAAGGGUUAACUCUCAUAUUGUCAAGCUUUGGAGUAUGCACAGUUUUAGGCUCAGCAGAAUUCUGAUGCCACGUGCUGGCUGAGCUAAUAAAUGGGUGCGGUUUCUCCAGGGAGAUCUAGAAGGUACUAGAAGGUUUAAGGACUGGACUCUGAACUCCACCCUCCCAGGCUGUGCUGGUAGCAUUGGUUAGAACUUCAAGCAGAGUGUGGCAUGGAAAGAGAGUUUGAGGACUUCAAUUUGACUCUCAGCUCUGGCUGUCUGUCUUGGUAUUUCUCUGGCCAUAAGGAGAGGGUCUUGGACCAUAUAGAUGAUGGUCUCUGUGGUCCCUUCCAGCCCCAAAACCUGUGAUCCUAAGAGUGGCUGUGGGGGUGGGGGUGGGGGUGGGGUAGGGGAAGUGUAUUUAUAUAUAGUUCAGAUUUCGUUGGUAAAAUAAUUGAGUCAUGUUAUGGUCAUGUUUGCUUUUUAGUUAUUUUACACAACAUGCAGACAAUUGGAAAUGACUGGGUCAUUUCCACAUGUCAAAAGAAGGUAGACAGUGUUUCAUUACCAAAGUACAAUCUUUAAAAAAAAAAAAAGAAAGAAAUAAAGAAAAACCAAAAUCAGGAGAUUUGAAGAUUCUUCUCCAGCUCAGAAAGGGUUUAACACGGUCUCCACUGCAUUAUAUAAGAAGAUACUUUAUCCUCUUGGAUUCACUUUGCUCUUCAGAGUUUUAUGUACUAGUUUGGCUAUACUGCCUUUGAUCAACUUUUCUCACCUUAGGGAAGUGUGAGCCAACCUUAUUCUGAAGUGAGUUUGUAGCAGGCAAUCUAUUUAUAGCACAACGGGGCUCUGCUCUUCAUUCAAUGAUCACCUUUAGAAGGUAGCCCACCAGCUACAUAAUUCAGCAGAAAAUAGGGGGCACUUGAGUUUAACUGUCUGGAAACAACUCAAUUCUGCCUACUUAUCACUGAACCAAUUAAGGGGUCUUUAGACAGCUUAGCAGUAAAGGUACAGAGUUAACUCUUUCAUCUCAACUCAGAGAGGGCCUUGAGAGCCCAUAAUAAGCCUUUUCAGGAAUGCAUUUUAGCUGGGAGAGAGCUUCAUUCAAGUGCUGCUAAAUUGUAAGGUGAAUAAUGCUGCCGUUUUAAUGAUUAGUUUCAACUUGAAAAUAAUUUUCACUUCUCAUCCUUCUGUGAGGUCUAAGGUGGGAAAUGAAGAUGAGAAGGUACAAUUUAAAAUGUCACAAGAAAAUGUUUUAUUUUCUAGGCAGUUACUGAAUACCAGAGCCUUCUUUCCCAACAUGAUUAUAAUCAUCCCAAAUAUCAGAAUUAGACUAUUAAAGUAAGCUUUCCCAGGGGUCCUUAGCCUUCUUUGUGUCAUGGACCUCUUUGGCAUUCAGCAAAGCCUAGGGCCCCUUUCUCAGAAAAUGUUUUUAAAUGACAUGAAAUAAAUCUAAAAGUAUUAUAAAAGAGACCAAUUAUAUUGAAAUACAGUUGUAAAAGUAUUUUUUAAAACAAGUUUACAAGUGUCUAAUUAAAAAACCCCUGCUUUAGACAAUCUGAUAUUUUCUUCCUACAAUACUGUGUCCAUAAAACGGAAUUGAAAUUGGUGUCCACUCUUUGAGUUAUCCAAAGAACUUAUCUUUAAGAUUUUGUUUUGGACAUGUUUCCAAUGAAGCUGAUCUUCAUACAGAACUCCUUAUAAGGUUCCCUUAUAAAACUGAUAUAAUGAUUUUCAUUUUAUUAAACUUCCCCCCCCCAAAAAAAAAGAGGGAAGGAGAAAUGUUGCCUUGACAGAAACAGCCUUGACAUUCUUAAACAUUCAUGUAGAGAUAGUAUUCCUAUAAGAGAUUUUCAAGGAAACACUUUCUUAUUUUCUGUGUGGUGUAAAAUGUUGCUAAAUGUGUUCUUUUCUUAUGUCACUGCUGAAAAUUAUUUGCACUAAAAUAAAAGAGCAUUUUGUACAAAGUAUUUUUCACAGCUUCUAAUUUACCUUAAGUACCAGGUGUAGCAAACAAUAUUUCAUGCUCCUCUUUCUGAAACCCCAACCCCUAGCUAAUUGAUGUUUUUAUUUAUGUCAGCAAAUCAGUCAAAGGCUAGAGUUUUAAGGGGAUAAAAGUAUGUUAAAAGGAGUUGUUUUUGUUUUUACUGAGGAUCUUCAUUGCUUGUGGGAAUGGCUAACACUGACUAGGUACAUUAGGGUAACAAAUGAGAAAGGGAAUCUAGGGGAAAAGGAAAUAUUUUAUACAUAUUUGCAGGUGUUUGAGAAAUAUUUGAGUGAAUUAAUUGAUUCUAGUUGUGUCUCUACUGUUUUAAGGUUCUAUUUCUUAAGUAUUUUUAAUCGUUUUUAAAGCAUGCACCUGGGAAUCAGGAGAGGGGCAAAAAGAAAGAAAUCCCCAGAGAGUCACAUAGAAAAUAAGCUUUGGGGGCAGCUAGGUGGUGCAGUGGAUAAAGCACUGGCCCUGGAUUCAGGAGGACCUGAGUUCAAAUCCGGUCUCAGACACUUGACACUAGCUGUGUGACCCUGGGCAAGUCACUUAACCCCCAUUGCCCCCCCCCCAAAAAAUAAUAAAAAAAUAAGCUUUGACUUUUCAUUGCAUAGUAUCUGCUAAAACAACAUGUGGUACAUAGGAUCUCAACAAGCUUCAAUCAACUCAACAGUUAUUAAGCACCAACUGUAUGUGCUGAAAAUAGUAGGCACUUAAAAUUAUUAUUAUGCAUAUAGUGAAUAUAUAAGUGGUAUGAAAUAAAUUGAGCCACUUGAGUUUAACUGUCUGGAAACAACUCAAUUCUGAAGUAUCCAGGGCCAUGCUUAUCUCUCAACUGGUCAAAUAUCCGAGUUUGGUUGGUUUUUUUUUUUAAGAGAUCCAGUGCCAAAGGAGCUGGCUUACUAAUCCUGCUUGGUAACUUUAUGUAUGAGUCAGUGCCAAUUUUAAAUGCAACCUGGACUCUUCACCUGGGAGAGAGUCCCGAGGGAAAAGAUGCUGGGUGUCAAACACAUAUGUGCUUCUCUCCAGUUAGGAAGUUCUCUCAGACAAUAGACCACCAAGACAUGACCAGAGUAACUUCACUUCUCUUCCCCUCUAGGCUAGAAGAGUAGAGGGCCAGGUACCUUCAGAUCAUGCUGAACAUAGUAAGAGAAUUGAAUUGUAAAGUAAUAUGGGGGAUGUGAUACUGUCAUGAUUGAUAAUUAUUUCUGCCUAUAAACUUGAAGUUUCAGUGUCAAUUGAGACAGGUCAGGGCUGUUGACACAAUUAUUACCAUCUCCCCAUCUGCCUCUCUAAAAUAUAGAACAGAAGAGAAAAUUGUUGCUUUACAAAUAAGAGUUUUAUUUUUAAAAAACCCACAAGGCCCAGGGUGUUUUUUGAAAGGUAAUUUUGAUUUAUAACAAAAGACAAGGGCAGUAAGCCAUACUACAAUAAAGAAAAAGUA